AUGAAAUUAACAAGAUCUGUGAAUACUGUAAUCAAUAAUAUGGGCAAUUAUAUAAGCUGGUUAAUCGACAUGGGUAGUAGAUAUCUACUAGGAACAGCUCCAAAACCGAUUAAACCAAAAAUUUUGAGUAAUACGAGGCUGGAUAAAUUAGCUCAAAUAACUGGAUUAAAGAAAGAACAAGUCAAAGAGUGGCAUGAAGGUUUUAUUAAAGAUUGUCCUGCAGGAAAAUUGAACAAAAAAAAAUUUAUUGAAGUUUAUAAACAAUUUUUCCCAACAGCUAAUUCUGAAAAGUUUUCCGAAUAUGUUUUCAAGACAUUUGACACUGACGGAUCAGGAGAAGUGGACUUUGAUGAGUUUCUUAUUGCUAUAAGUCUGACAGCAAAACGAGAUCCGAAACAAAAGCUAGAGUGGGCCUUCUCUAUGUAUGAUGCAUUCGCUGACGCAUCUAGCAAUAAUCUAGUGAUAACAGUACCUGCAUUAAUGAGUAAAAAUGCAAUCUAG